CUUUGCUUUUUUCUCUUCCCCCUCGACUUGAUAAAGGCUGAAACGACGACUUUCCCCUCUUCAGUUGCAGUCGUAUCUCAAGAACGACGGGGAAAGAUCAAAAUGUCCACCGAAAAGCAUCCACAUGUUCAGGAUGUUGCGCAACCCCACGAGCCCCAGCAGGAGGCUGAUUUUCCAAGUUCAGGAGUUAAGCGCGUCGAAGCUAUCUCGUCGCAACUCGGCUUUGUAUCUCGUAUAUUUCUGUUUUUCGGAAUCUUUUUGAUAGCCUACGCUUAUGGUCUCGAUGGACAGCUUCGAGUGAACUAUCAGCCCAUCGCAACCGAUGACUAUGGCAACCAUAGUUUGCUUGUUACGAUCAAUGUCUUACGUUCCGUCAUUGCAGCUGCUGCACAGCCAACUGCUGCGAAAAUUGCCGACGUUUUCGGGAGAGUCGAACUAAUCUUUCUCUCCGUCAUCUUCUAUACUGUUGGAACUAUUGUGGAAGCCUGCUCUACGAACCUUGAGACCUUUUGCGCAGGUGCUGUUCUGUACCAGGUCGGAUACACCUGCAUUAUCCUACUGCUCGAGGUCCUAGUAGCGGACACAACUUCGCUUCGAUCCCGUCUGCUCUUUUCCUACAUCCCUGCGACGCCUUUCCUUAUAAAUACCUGGGUUGGUGGUAAUGUGGCCACUGCCGUUCUGGGAGUCACUACCUGGCGCUGGGGCAUCGGGAUGUUUGCAAUCAUAUUUCCUGUUUGUACCCUCCCUCUAUUCGCAACACUUCUGGUUGGGCACCGCAACGCCAAAAAAGCCAACCCGGAAGCCUAUCGCCAUCCUAUCCAGCUGCUUGGUUGGCAGAAAUUUACGCGAGAAUUGUUCUGGUAUCUAGAUGUGGUGGGCAUUUUGCUUCUGAUUGCUGUCUUGGCUCUGAUCCUCGUUCCAUUCACAAUUGCUGGUAGCACUGCCGAGCAAUGGAAAACCGCUAAGGUUCUGGCCCCGCUAAUCAUAGGCUUGUUUUGCCUGCCCGCCUUUAUUAUAUGGGAGCGCUCUUACGCUCGGUAUCCGAUGGUCCCCUUUAGGCUGCUGAAAGACCGCGCAGUUUGGGGCGCUUUGGGUAUCGCAACGAUGCUCAACUUGGCUUGGUCAUUGCAGGGCUCAUACUUGUUUACUGUGUUGCAAGUUGCAUUCGAUCAGAGUUUACUCAGUGCCAGUCGUAUCUCGUCUCUAUACAGCUUUGCUUCUGUGAUCACUGGAUGUAUCCUCGGGGCCAUCAUCAUGAAGGUAAGGCAGUUGAAGCCUUUCAUCGUUGCCGGAACCGUUCUUUUCGCAGUGGCUUUCGGUAUCCUUAUACAAUUCCGCGGAGGAACGGGAAACUCUAGUUAUUCUGGCAUUAUCGGCGGAGAGGUUCUUUUGGGUAUCGCUGGUGGCAUGUUCCCAUACCCUGCCCAAGCAAGUAUCCAGGCAGCGACGAAACAUGAGCAUGUCGCUGUGAUUACCGGUCUGUAUCUCGCCACGUAUAACGUCGGAAGCGCAAUUGGGAACACGAUUGCCGGAGUUAUUUGGAGACAGAGGAUGGGUCCAGAGCUCGCGAAGCGCCUUGGUGAUGCUGAUCUCGCCGCGCUCGCUUUUUCGAAGCCUUUCGAGUUUAUCGUUUCGAACCCUGUCGGCACUCCUGCACGUGAUGCGGUUAUCGUAGCAUACCGAGAGGUGCAGCGUCUCCUUUGCAUUACUGGAAUAUGCUUGACUGUGCCUCUUAUUGUCUUUUCUCUUUGUAUUCGCAACCCGAGAUUGACGAAGGAUCAGAGUCUUCCUGAUGCCGAACGGGAAGAGAAUUAGUGUUGCUCCUAGUGAUCAAUCGCUCACUCAGCAGUAAGAGAUAAUGUGGGAUUAGAUUUUUCAUGCUGGAGAGGGUAAUGUUUGGAAGAGUUAUGCUUUUGAUUACAUGUGCUGCUAGAAGGCCGGGCAGCAUACUUAAUACCUUCAUCCUAAGGUCUUGAUAAUACCUUGUUAAUAUUUCUCAAUGCGACUGAUAGUAAUAAGUUCAGCGCACUUUAGAGCUAUCUAUCACACACAUUUGGAUUAAGACCGAAGUAAAAUGAAUGCGUCGCAUACCGCACGAGAGUCGACUCACUUUCACUUUUGCUACUACGUAAUGCAAGGGG